GAAGAUGCAGCGUCCUGAGAGGAUACGCUGAGGACUUUUUUAAAGCGUCCUUAUUGAUGUGAUUCUGGUCCGAAAUGCUGUGACUGCUCGCGUUGCUUAGUGUGUACAGUGCUGGGAUUAUUACCCCCACCCCAAGGGGCAAUUGGUAAUCAUUGCUUUGGCUGCGUUUUGUUUGUUUAUUUGGAUCGUUUGAUGUGAUGUCGGCCGCUCGCGCGCCGUGUCCUGAAAUCACGUCCGACAAAAUGUAGCUCCGGGUUGUUUGCUGUGGUGGCUUUGUCUGUAAAAGGUGUUGCUGUCCGAACGAUGCGUGAAGGAUGUCUGACGUGGAGAGCACGUAUGCGGACUUCAUCGCCUCCGGCAGGACGGGCCGCCGGAACGCCAUGCACGACAUCCUGCAGAGUCCCACCGACCCUGACGGGCGAGAGCUGCCCCUCACCCUGUCUCUGUCCCAGCUGCACAUCAACGCUGGAGGAGGCGAUGAAGAAGACGCCGAGGACAGCCACAGCUCCUCCGCCUCGGCCCAGCGAGACGCAGAGCAGAGGAACAGCUAAGCUCCCACGUCCCCCCUCCAGUAGACGGAGCUCCGCGGGACGGAUUAAAGUCUCCGUCACAGUGGACCUGUUUGCUCGAAGCGGCCUGGCGGCUGGAGGCUAGGACUAUCGCCAUGGAUACGCCUUCAAGCAGAGCCUUCGCCCCCGCUGAGGUGUCGAGAUGCGAUCGUUCGGUGCUUCUUGGGAAGUGGAACGACUGAUGCUUUUCAGAGUUGGAAGUACACAAGUGGUAGUUUUAUGUUUUUUUUUCUUUUCAAACAAGUUUUGCUUUCAGUCUCUGUGGUCCAACACACACACACACACACACACACACCCACACACACGCACACAGGCUGAAGGACUAAAAGGAGAGAGAAAAUGGAGCUCUGAAAUAGUCAGAGCAGUUUGUAGGACCACCGACACAUGCUGGUAUAAUGGGUCACAGUGGGAGUAGCAUGAUUGUAGAAGCAGUGGUGCUGGUAGAGGCUUUAUAUUGCCAGUUAAUGGUUUAUGAUUCCUUUGAGUCGACGAUAGAGCAGAGGGAUAUGGACUCAACUGUAGCCGAAUUGAAACACGGAGCUUUGGAAGUUCAAAAUGCUCAAGUGUUUCCGCAGAGAACGAGAUGUUCCAGAUGAAGGGUGACAUGACGCGUCCUUUGAAAUGCGUCUCUUUAUUUUUUACACGUUUACAGUAAUAAUGCAAGUAUUAUCGCAGCCUUACAUGAGUAGUUUGUCAGGUUCGGAAAUGCGUUUAUUCAGUUUUGUGUUGCGUUAGAGAAGAAGAAAAGUCUUAUUGUUUUCGUCGGAUUUUGGAGAAGAAUCAUGCUCAUCGGUUCACAAAAGCAUAAAACCCCCACUGCUUUCACAUUUGCUUGAAUAUAUCUGGUUACAGGUGUCAAGUGAAGGUUUGGUCUCAUUUAAUAAAAAAGAAGAAGAAAAUCAUAAUAAUAAUACAAUAAAAAAAAUACUUUUUCACUAUUUAUCAUGUUCAUCAACCAAAAAAAAUAUGCUUUUUUUUGCAAAAAAUACCGCUAUAGUGCACAGAGUCAGAAACACACUUUCAACUUUUGAAAAACUAGUAAGGCCGCUGCUCCUGUGUUACUGAAUAGAAAUGAGACUCAGGGAAGUCCUUUUGUGUGCUAUAAACAUCUUAAUCCAUAAAAAGGGCUAAUCUGUGACCUAUUAGGUGCUGACGGAAAGUUAAUUAUGCAGCUAUCUGUGGUUGUGGCUUCGCUUUUCAAUACAUGUUAAUUUGGUUAAAGAACUUAUUGACAGUCUUAGUUCACAAAGCUAAAAACUGCUUAUUAAAAGUGACAAAAGGCCACUGUGGUGUGUAGAUUGUGCUUCUGGCCAUAAAUGGAUUAGAGAAUAAUUUUUGUUUAUGCAUACUACUCUUGGAUUUAAUGUCACCCAUUAAAUCCAAGUGGGGUCAACUCUUCUUUUAGACUUCAAUACCGACUGACUUCCGUUUCAACCCAAGGAGUCGCCACCUGCUGGCAGUAAGGAAGAAUGCACUUUCAGGCCCGUCUGUACUACUGCCAUGUUAAAUUAGAAACGUUACCACUAUGUUCCUCUUUCAUCCUUCGAGUCCUUUCUUUGCAUGUUUGUUUUGUUUUCUCUACCGAUUUGCACAGUAAAGUUACACAUACCCAAACAGCGGCUAUAAAAAUCAACACUUCCUUAUUCCUAAUAGGUAAUAAAACACAAUGUGAUUUUUCUUCUGACCUUUGAGAUGCAAUUCACUUUAUUUUCAGGGUGAGUAGUCAUAUUUACAACCAGAUCGUCUUUCCUGGUAGGACACUGUCCACACAUUUUGAUUGGCCUACAGUGCUUUUCCUUUUUUUCACCUCCUUUCCUAUACCACUACCACUGGUAGUUUAUGUCCACUUGUUUCCUGGUCCAAAGAGCAACACGUUUAAUUUUUAUUAUUUGUAUAGGACAGGUGCAGAUGACCUCAGCUGCAGUGGUGUCCCUCUUUUCUUCUUCUUCUUCCUCAGCAGUAAGCGUGGUGGCCCAAAACCGACAAACUACUCCUAAAUGUAAAUAUGCAACAGUCAGCAGAUCUUCCAGGAACACUAACUUGUGUGUGCGCGUUUGUGCGAAUGUUUGGCUGAAUCGCAUUCCUGCUCAUUUGUAUAAAAAUGUGAUACAAGCUCAUUCUUUGUAUAAAUCAAUCUGCAUGUGUCCUUCCACCCCCACACACACCACAGACACCUCUGCUUCACUACAGCUUCAACUCUGACUCCUCUACCACGACAAUACUGUAGAGAGCAAACAUACUGUUGCUCUCAUGUUGUCUGAUUUGUGAAUCAUUUCUAAUUCUGCUCGUCGUAAUUCCACAUGUAGAAUAUUUGCAUGGUUUCCUCUUUCUGUCGUACUCUCUGUAAGUAUAUUUUCUAUUUCCUAUGUUAAACAAAGUUUAAUAAAUGAUCAAUAAAAGAAAAGA